GCAGGGUAGGGAUCAGGGGAACCUAGGCUGGGGGAUGUCCCUUCCUCUUCCUCUCCUUCUCCCACAAGUGAAGAGAAGGCUAUUCCCUUUCCCCAGUGCCCCUUCCCAUUCCAAGAGCAAGCAGCAGAUGCUGGAACCAGGCAGGACGUCUUGGGCAGCCGCCGUAGCCUUCCAAGAAGCUCCUAGCCUCGCUUAGCUUAACCUAGCCACAGAGCCGGAGGGAGAACCUUGGGCUCAGACCCUCCUAUUUCCCAGACUUCUGGGUCCUCUGGGCUCUGGCCUGCCCUUCAGACCAUAAGAAUUGUGAAGAAGCGAGAAUAAUAAACCCAGGCUUGGAGGAGACAGAGUAGACCUGAGAAGCAGGAAAAACAGUUUUCACCUGGGAAGGAGAGUGCUUCCUCUUCUUCGCCUCUCUUUCUGAAAGCGAUGCUAAACAGUGAACUCUUCUUCUCUACCUACACAAAACCCUAGAAACAAACCUUUUCCUUUAGUUCUCUCCUCACCACGCGGAGAUUCAUUCGGGGGACAUUUACCCACCCUUCCCUUGAGGGAACGGGGCUCAAGCCACGCAGGGGUUAACUUUUCUGAAAACACAAUUAACUUUUUCCUAUCCUGCGUGGGGAGGGGAGGGAUAUAUUUAUUUAAUCACUGGGGGAUGGGGUGGUCUCAAUCCAAAUGCUCCCUCCUCCCUCCAAGGCACAGACGCCUCUUUCGCAGAUCCUACGUAGGUGGAACAGGACGCGUUGUGUUGUCGGGGAGAGAGAGAGAGAGAGAGAGAGGAGAAGGAGAAGAAGGAGGGAAAAAAAAAAAGGUUGAUAGGUUUGUGCGCGGGUCCCUCGCGCGGGCUGCGCUCCUCCUGGGUGCUAUUUGACAAUUCCUGCCUCUGCCAUUGGUCAGUGUUGGAUCAGAUGGUUGUAUUUCCUUCUGGCCCUCACUGGCACCUCGCCAUCCCCCCUCAGCUAAAACCCAAUCUCAGAUAUACUACUAAUAGGCGCGGCGCUCGGACUAUAAAACACAACAAAUCAUAAACCCGGCGGAGCAGCAGCGGCCGAGCGCGCCUCCCCUCCCAAUGAGUUCCUAUUUCGUGAACUCCACCUUCCCCGUCACUCUGGCUAGCGGGCAGGAGUCCUUCCUGGGCCAGCUACCGCUCUACUCGUCGGGCUAUGCGGACCCGCUGAGGCACUACCCCGCGCCCUACGGGCCCGGGCCCGGCCAGGACAAGGGCUUUGCCGCUUCCUCCUAUUACCCGCCCGCUGGCGGCGGCUACGGCCGAGCGGCGCCCUGCGACUACGGGCCGGCGCCGGCCUUCUACCGCGAGAAGGAGUCGGCCUGCGCGCUCUCGGGCGCCGAAGAGCCGCCCCGGUUCCACCCUGAGCCGCGGAAGUCAGACUGUGCGCAGGACAAGAGCGUGUUCGGCGAGGCGGAGGAGCAGAAGUGCUCCACCCCGGUCUACCCGUGGAUGCAGCGGAUGAAUUCGUGCAACAGUUCCUCCUUUGGGCCCAGCGGCCGACGCGGCCGCCAGACCUACACGCGCUACCAGACGCUGGAGCUGGAGAAAGAGUUUCACUACAAUCGCUACCUGACGCGGCGGCGGCGCAUCGAGAUCGCGCACGCCCUGUGCCUGACCGAGCGGCAGAUCAAGAUCUGGUUCCAGAACCGGCGCAUGAAGUGGAAAAAGGAGAGCAAACUGCUCAGCGCGUCUCAGCUCAGUGCCGAGGAGGAGGAAGAAAAAGCAGCGGAGUGAAGGCGUUGGAAAGGGAGGGGUACGCGAAGGGAGCGGCCUGUGGGGAGCCGAGGGCCUCGGAGAGCCCCGAGAAGGCUCUGCGGGCGGGGGACCCGGGGGACCAGCUCUCUAGCGCACGACACGUGCGGGGGGGCCCAGCGCUCUCUGGACGCCCCCGCCCGCAGAGCUCUCAUUGGGUGCUGGGAGGCCCUGCCGCCUGAGCCCACCCAGCACCCUGAGCGCCCCCUCCAUCCCUGCGGGACCCGCUUCAGCCCCAUCAGGCUCCCCUGCGAGAACUGAGGACCGGACUCACUUGAUGUUUCCUGGAAGCAGAGCAAAACGCUCUUGUCCGUGUCGCGUCUCAUUUCGUCCAUGUCCCCGGUGCACGGUUCAAUGGUAGAUUCGCAGUCCCCUCAGCGGGGGGCCUCGAAGACUCCCUGACCCCAGACCUCUCUCCCACCCCCUCCCUAAAGCCACUGGAAGGAGCACAUACUACCUAGAAGUAAGAAGAGGAGCCUCAGAAGAAAACAAAGUUCUAUUUUAUUAAUUUUCUAUGUGUUGUGUUUGUAGUCUUGUCUUAGCUCUGGACGUGAAAUACUUCGGUAAUAAUAUUAAUAUUAUUAAUAAUGAUGAUGAUAAUAAUAAUAAAGACGUUAAAACUC